AUGGAGGACCCAGAUGCAGGGGAAGCCCACAGAGGGACAAGGGACAGGAAGCCCCCCAGCCCACCCCAAGGCCACCAAUCCCAGCAUGAUCUGAGCCCACAGCCACAGGGCCCCACCAACCAGAGACCCGCCCAGACCCCCGGAGGGGAGCCCGCCACGCACCAGCCAGGGACGAGACCCCAGGAAGGCGGGGAGAGCAGGCCCCCAGCCCAGCCAGAGGCCAAACCCUCCACAGGCACAGACAGAGCCCAGAACAUCCCAGAGCUACCCAAACCACCGGCAGGGAGACCGCCACACAGCAGCAGGGUCCAAGCAACCACCCAGCCCAGUCCUGCACAGAAAGGCCGACCACCAACCCAGAGCCACCGGCGACACCCCCGCAGCAGAACUGACGCCCUUCCCCCAGACCGCAGACCCCCCAUCCAGCUUUGCAGGGCCAGGGACAGAGGCAGUGUUCUGAGACAUCACAGCAGGCACCGACCCGCCCCCCCCAGGGCCAGGUCCGGGCAGGCACGGCCCCCCCGCAUGCACACGACCCCCCCAGCACGGGUCCCGAGCCACCAGGGCCCAAAGCCCCAGACCCACCCGCACCAGCGAGGCAGCCCAGACAGGGCCCAAGGGCCACCAACCCCACAACCCCCCAGAGCACCCCCCACACCGAGGGGGCAGAGCCCCCGCAACCCAACCACACCACCCGAGGCCAGGCCCGCAGCCACCCCAGGACAGCGGCCAUGGACCAAUCGACCCAGCGAGCCACCGGAUACCCGUGGCAACCGGAAUCCACCGCACCAGCCCAGAAGUCAGGGCAGCGAAGCCCCGACCCCAACGACACUAUGUGAUGAAUGUGUUCUGUGA